AUGUCCCGUCCCUCGUCCCUAGCGUGCGUUCCCUGCCGCCGUCGCCACCUUAAAUGCGAUGCUCGCAUGCCCGUCUGCUCACGCUGUUUAUCCUCGAAUACUGACUGCGGAUAUGUGCGGUCCCGGCGUGGCUUGCGGGGAAAUAACGCUGCGCAACCAAUCGAGCAUGGCCUGCCUCUGUUUGGGGGAGACAAUAGUCUCACAGACUGGUUGAAUGCCACAACCUUACCAACAGACCUCGAUCCAGGAGCCAAUUUUCUGGACUCCCCACACACCCUGAUCGACCUCCCCAGUCUCCCGGACGAUCCGCUCUGGGCGCCCCAAGCCCUAACCAGCUACGACAACAACAGUAACAACAACCACAAUAAUGACCGCAAUAACGAUGGUGAUGACUCCGACGAUAUCGCCUACGACCCCAUGAUCCAACUCUACUACCAAAACUUCCACCCCUCCCAUCCCAUCCUUCUCCCCCGAAAGGCCCUCCACACGCCCCUCCGCCGCCACCUCCCCCACUACCUCGUCUCUCUAACCCGCUACAUCGGCGCCCACUUCUACCCCCACCCAGCCUUCCAAGAAGCCUACGUCCGCGCCGCAGACGCCGCGCGCGUCGCCCCGGACACGGACGGACCCUUUAAAGUCCAGGCGCUGCUCCUCCUCUCUAUCGUCGACCAUGCCCAUGGCGCGGAGGACCGCGCGCUGCUCUCCCUCCAUGAGGCUAUCUCUCUCGCGCUUGAGAUAGGCAUGCACCGUGCGAGCUUCGCGAAUGCGCAUUCUCGCGAUAGUUCACUCCUCGCGGAGAGCUGGCGCCGCACUUACUGGGAGUUGUUUGUCGUUGAUGGGCUUAUGGCCGCUAUGCGCGAUCAGGCUCCGUUUAGACUGUACACUCAGCCUGCGGAUGCGGGCAUACCCUGUCAAGAGAUUGUAUACAAUGGUGUGCAAGAUAUGCAACUCCAACACCUCCCCCCACCAGUCCACGACUUCUACACCUCCUCCUACGCAGCCCGCAUCGACGCCGUACGCACCCUCGGCCGCGUGCUCGAAGUCAACCGCUCGCUAGAAAUGGACCUCGAAGAGCAAGUCGAGUGCGUCGACGCAGCGCUGUCCUCCCUCCUCAUGCAUCUCCCCUCGUGCACCUCCUACGACACCAGUCCUGAAGUCGACGAGAUGCUUUUCCAAGCUAAAAUGAUCACCUACCUAAGCCAAAUCUACCUCCACCACCCCCGCUCCACCCUCCGCUUCGCCUCCUUCCAACAAGCCCGCUCAGCAUCCUCCUCCUGCACGCGCUUCAAAACACUCACCCCCGCCGAAGCAGGCGGCGCCUUCCUCCGCGCCGCUGACCACCUCUCCAACCUCGCCACGCUCCCCUCGGCCAUUACCCGCCGCACGCCGUUCUUCACCUGCGCGCUGGCGAUGUGUGUCGUGGUCCACACGGCUGCGUUUCUGGUCGUCGGGUCGGGAAGUGGCGGCGGCGGCGGGGGCCAGGAGGCUGCGACUGCGGCUGUGAGUGCGAAGAGGGAUGUGCUGCGCUCGAGGGUCCAGUUGGGGUUUGGGGGGUUGAAUGUGCUGGGGAGGGUGUGGCCGCUGGCGAAGACUGUUAGGAGGCAGAUGGUGGAGAUGGGGAGGGAGGUGGGGUUGUAA